CAUAGAUCACAAACACGUCACAAUUAUUCAUUCCCUUCUUCAUUAUCUUCAUGAUCUCCUUCUCCAAAGCUGAUCCACUUCAAGACUUCUGCGUCGCAGACCUCAGCCUCCCCCAAAGCCCGGCCGGAUAUUCUUGCAAGAGUGUCUCCGAAGUGACUGUCGAUGACUUUGUUUUCACUGGCUUCCGCAACCCUGGCAACACGUCAAAUACAAACAUGAUUUCAGUGACACCAGCUUUUGUUGCUCAGUGGCCGGCUCUGAACGGCCUUGGUGUCUCUGCAGGGUACGUUGAGAUUGCUCCAGGUGGUCGAUCUCCAAUACACAGUCACCCCGGCGGCACCGAGCUUAUCGUCCUCAUUGAGGGGACAAUCCUAGCUGGCUUCAUUUCAUCAUCAAACAAAGUUUAUAUGAAAAAAUUGGAAGCCCAUGACGCACUGAUCUUUCCUCAAGGUUUGCUGCACUUUCAGGUGAACGCCGGGAGUGUUAAGGCAAAGGCCAUUGUGAGCUUCAGUAGCUCUAACCCUGGACUGCAAAUGACCCCAUUAGCGUUGUUUGGGAAUGACUUGCCAUCUGAGAUAUUGGAGAAGGUGAGCUCUAUUGAUGUUGCUGAGGUGAAGAAGCUCAAGGCCAUGUUUGGAGGAACAAACUAAUUGAACUUGGUACUUGCUGUGUGUGUUUAUUAUACGUGAGCGAGUGACAAAUGUGCAUGCAUGGUGCAUGGUGAGAGUGUAUCAUGCAAAUGAGACAACCAUAUAUAUCUCAAUAAAUUCUUCUUCUUAUC